GUCCCUAACACCAUGUAGUUUGACGUAUCACACAUCAGAAGGCUUUUGGCUAGAAACUUGUGUUUAUUUUCUUUAGCGGACACCAAGUUAUCCUUGGUUCUAUCGUUAUUCUUGACAGGUACACAGUUGAAUAUAUAAGUCGCUGUGUACUACCGAAGAAAGUCUAAAACUUGUUACAAAACGGUCCCUUGGACGAUAAAUACACUAGCGUUGGUGUUAGUAGUUAGCUAAUUCUGUAGCUAAUUAGCUAGCAAGCAACAACAAGGAAAAUGGGGUCGAUUCUUAGUCGGAGAAUCGCUGGCGUUGAGGAUAUUGAUAUCCAGGCGAAUUCUGCAUACAGAUUUCCACCGAAAUCGGGGAAUUACUUUGCCAGCCAUUUUUUCAUGGGAGGGGAGAAAUUUGACACUCCACAUCCAGAGGGUUACCUAUUCGGAGAAAACAUGGAUCUGAACUUCCUUGGAAAUAGGCCUGUACAAUUUCCGUACGUGACCCCGGCACCUCAUGAGCCUGUGAAGACCCUGAGAAGUCUGGUCAAUAUCAGAAAGGACUCCCUGCGCUUGGUCAGGUACAAAGAUGACACUGAUGCUCCAGUAGAGGAAGGAGGGAAGCCAAAGGUUCUGUAUGGUGUGGAGUUCACAUUUGAUGCUGAUGCUCGUGUGGCUAUCACCCUGUAUUGCCAAGCUUUUGAGGAAUUUACCAAUGGGAUGGCAAUGUACAACCCAAAGGGCCCAGCCCUGGUUUCUGAGACUGUACACUAUAAGAGGGGUGUGAGCCAACAUUUCUCCCUGCCUUCUUUCAAAAUCGAUUUCACCGACUGGAAGGAGGAGGAUCUGAACUUUGACCUGGACCGGGGUGUUUUCCCCAUGGUGAUCCAAGCUGUGGUGGAUGAAGGGGAUGAUUGCUUUGGACAUGCACAUGUGCUGCUGGCAGCCUUUGAGAGACAUGUGGAUGGCAGUUUCUCCGUCAAGCCUCUGAAGCAGAAGCAAAUUGUGGAUCGUGUGAGCUACCUGCUGCAGGAGAUCUAUGGAAUUGAAAACAAAAACAACCAAGAGACCAAGCCAUCGGAGGAUGAGAACAGUGACAACAGCAAUGAGUGUGUUGUUUGUCUGUCAGACCUCAGAGACACCAUCAUCCUGCCCUGCAGACACCUGUGUCUCUGCAACUCCUGUGCUGACACCCUGCGUUACCAGGCCAACAACUGUCCUAUCUGCAGACUGCCCUUCCGAGCCUUGCUGCAGAUCAGAGCUGUGAGGAAGAAGCCUGGGCCGCUGUCCCCUGUCUCUUUCAGCCCUGUACUGGCUCAGACCAUGGACCAUGAUGAGCACUCGAGCUCAGACUCGGUUCCCCCAGGCUUUGAGCCCAUCUCUCUGCUGGAGGCCCUGAACGGCCUGCACUCUGUGUCCCCCUCCAUCCCCCCCGCCCCCCUCUACGAUGAUAUUAACUUCUCUGGGAGCCUGGUAGGGGAGGGCCGGCCGCUGGGCUCCCCAGAACACUCCGGUGACGGGGGCCUGCAGAAGGGCAAAGUCAGCAAGUCACCUGACAGCACCCUGAGGUCGCCCUCAUCACCUAUCCAGGAGGAGGAUGAGGAGAAGCUGUCUGAGAUGUCGGACGCCCAGCCUCACACACUGCUCUCCAGCAGCCCUGCUCCCACCGAGGCCACUGCAGCCGAGGAUGUACCGGAGUCCAUCUCCCCAGAUGAUGAGGACAGGCUGCACUCUGGAGGAGAGAGAGAGAUCCUUCAGGACUACAGCAGUGAACACAGCAGCCUGACCAAAACAGAGAGUGACCCACCAGGGGACCUGUCUCUGCCAGGGUCAUCAGAGAGCCUGAAGAGUCAGAGUACCAACUGCUCCAGCCAGCCCCUCCUGUGUCCCCCCAGUAGCCUUCACAUGGAGGAUGAGCAACUUGACCCCUAACCUCUGGGCCCAAUGGUUCUCCCUCUCUGGCUGAGUCCCAAUUCACUUUCUCGCAUGUAUUUAACAAUGGUGGAAACUCCCUCCAGUCAACAAUUACACCAAUCCAAUGCUUUUAAAUCCAUGACGGGGAGAGUGAAAGUGCACAUUUAGCCUGGAUGAAAAAUUGGGACUUGGUCUCCUCCCAAGCCAUCCCUCCCCAUGAUCCAGUCCCCUUGGGCCUUGUAGAAGACCACUUUCCUAGUUUAGUCAUCGAUUCAUGCCAUAACUGGCAUUGAUUCAAACUGUGUUUGUGGUGGUCACUGCAAGGAUUUACUAAAACCAUACUAUACCUUAACUAAAAAACAACAAGUCCUUAAUUAGAUUGCUUUACAUUCAGUUGAAGUCGGAAGUUUACAUAUACCUUGGCCAAAUGCAUUUAAACACAUUUUUUCACAGUUCCUGUCAUUUAAUUCUAGUAAAAUUCCCUGUCUUAGGUCAGUUAGGAUCACCACUUUAUUUGAGAAUGUGAAAUGUCAGAAUAAUUGUAUAGAGUGAUUUUAUUUCAGCUUUUAUUUCUUUCAUCACAUUCCCAGUGGGUCAGAAGUUGUUUAAAUUGUUUAACUCAAAAGUUUCGGGUAGCCUUCCACAAGCUUCCCACAAUAAGUUGGGUGAAUUUUGGCCCAUUCCUCCUGACAGAGCUGGUGUAACUGAGUCAGGUUGUAGGCCUCCUUGCUUGCACACGCUUUUUCAGUUCUGCCUACAGAUUUUCUAUAGCAUUGAGGUCAGGGUUUUGUGGUGGCCACUCCAAUACCUUGACUUUGUUGUCCUUUAGCCAUUUUGCUACAACUUUGGAAGUAUACUUGGGGUCAUUGUCCAUUUGGAAGACCCAUUUGCGACCAAGCUAUAACUUCCUGACCGAUGUCUCUGAGAUGUUGCUUCAAUUUAUCCACAUAAUUUUCCUACCUCAUGAUGCCAUCUAUUUUGUGAAGCGCACCAGUCCCUCUUGCAACAAAGCACCCCCACAACAUGAUGCUGCCACCCCGUGCUUCACGGUUGGGAUGGUGUUCUUCGGCUUGCAAGCCUCCCCCUUUUUCCUCCAAACAUAACGAUGGUCAUUAUGGCCAAACCAGAGGACAUUUCUCCAAAAAGUAUGAUAUUUGUCCCCAUGUGCAGUUGCAAACUGUAGACUGGCUUUUUUAUGGCGGUUUUGGAGCAGUGGCUUCUUCCUUGCUGAACAGCCUUUCAGGUUAUGUCGAUAUAGGACUCGUUUUACUGUGGAAAUAGAUGCUUUUGUAGCUGUUUCCUCCAGACUCUUCACAAGUUCCUUUGCUGUUGUUCUGGGAUUGAUUUGCACUUUUCGCACCAAAGUGCGUUCAUCUUUAGGAGACAGAAUGCGUCUCCUUCCUGAGCGUUAUAACGACUGCGUGGUCCCAUGGUGUUCAUUCUUGCAUACUAUUGUUUGUACAGAUGAACAUGGUACCUUCAGGGGUUUGGAAAUUGCUCCCAAGGAUGAACCAGACUUGUGGAGGUCCACAAUUUUGUUUCUGAGGUCUUGGCUGAUUUCUUUUGAUUUUCCAAUGAUGUCAAGCAGAGGCACUGAGUUUGAAGGUAGGCCUUGAAAUACAUCCACAGGUAUGGAAUUUUAUGGAAUUUUCCAAGCUAUUUAAAGGCACAGUCAACUUAGUGUAUGUAAACUUCUGACCCACUGGAAUUGUGAUACUGUGAACUAUAAGUGAAAUAAUCUGUCUGUAAACAAUUGUUGGAAAAAUGACUUGCGUCAUGCACAAAGUAGAUGUCCUAACCGUCUUGUCAAAAGUAUAGUUUGUUAACAAGAAAUUUGUGGAGUGGUUGAAAAACGAGUUUUAAUGACUCCAGCCUAAGUAAACUUCAGACUUCAACUGUACAUUUAGGAGUGUGUAAUUGUUUGUCCAUUCUGGAUGGGGUUGUGGUGCAGUGGUGGACGUUGCAUGAUUCCAGUGGUUGAGUAUGACUACCAUCAUAUGGUAGUACUAGAAGCACACUCACUUUCAGUUUACUCUACUUAAAUUACUGCUUGACACUAAUUGUUUUAGAGAGCAUUAAUACCAUUCCUGUUGUAUUCAUCUAAACUAAUAACUUUUUAACAUUUUAUUUCUUGUUGCUUGUAUGAUAUGAAAUGUUUUGGUGGACAUUUGACAUGAUUAAACAUGACAAUUUAAUGGAGUCAUUUUUAAAGGUUUUGAGGAUUCAUUCAUUUUGCUUUGUGAAAUGGUGAAUUCCUAUGUCAUAACAAGUCAAAUUGAGGCAUUUAAUUUCAAAUUGUCUUCAAAGGUUUUGAGGAUCCAUUCAUUUUUCUUUGUGAAUAUCUACAUGUGUUCGUUUUUUUAUACUGAAUUAUGUGAUAUAUUGUACCUGUACUAGAAAUGUAUGUAGAUUAAUUUGCAAAAUUGUAUAUUUGUGUGUUGUAGAAGAAAAUCUGGGGAUUCAAAUAAGGAGAUUAGUAGUUACAGCUACAUGCACAGUAUCUCAAAUGUAGCUGAUUGAUUUUUAGUGACAUAGUCCAGCUUUACACCUUAACAGCUGAACACAAAGAAAGAUAGAGCCUGUAACAAGCCAAUACACUAUGCUGACCGUAUAGCACAAACUGUGUUAUUUGUAGAUGUGGCAUAUUUCUAUAGUUAUAUUGUGGCUUGUCAUCCUGGCAUAGUCGUUGCCUUGCUCAAGUUCCAUGACUUGCAGUGUCUGACUUCCCUGUAGAUGGAGCACCAUUCAUAUAGAUCUAUGUGCCUUCAACUAAACAGAUAUGGCUGCUGCUUGUUGCAUUAUUGGUGUUCUUGUGAUGAAACGGUUUCAGGAUAUACAGCUGUAUGAGCCUGUAGUCUAGGAGGUUUUUAUUCCCACUGGCUGAUAUACAGAGCUGUAAAUGUAUGACAUUUCUUUGCAUUCUCAAUGGUUCAUUAAAUAUUUUUAAGGAAACCUAAUUGUUAUUAAACCAUUAUUAAAACCCAACUGUUCAGCAAUUACAAUUGUUAAAUCCAUAUAUUGAUACAUUUAAUCUAUAAAUGGUAAGUACAUUAUGAUUAGACUUGGUUGUUAUAUGGUCUGUAUUAUGUGUGUGUGUUCUAUUUUUUUCCCAGGAGGAAUAAACUAAAUGCUUCUUAACCAUUUUA